AGCUGCAGCCCCAGUGUAAACAAUCUCAGUACCCCAUCCUCCAUUCCCCCCAAAAAAAGACCCCGAAACUAACCCACCAUCCCCAAAAGUCACCCAGAAUACACCCCGGCACUCUCCAAACGCGCGCACCCCACGCUGACAGACUUCCACCACCACCCGCCGUCCACAACGACACGCAUGAGCCCGCGCGUGAUGACCGUGCUAGGCGUCAGCGCGCUCGGUCUGAGCGCCUACAUCGGGUACCUGUACGCCUCGUACCGCCGCGAAGUGACGUACUCGCAGAACCUGUCCGCCACGGUGCCCGCCACCGCCAACGUCACGGACCGCUACAACACGACGGCGCGCACCUUCGACGCCGACGUCGAGAUGUCCGAGAAGCUGAUGCGGCUGGGCGCCAAGCGCCGCGACCUGUGCCGUCGCGCGCGCGGCGACGUCCUCGAGGUCAGCUGCGGCACGGGGCGGAACAUCGAGUACUACGACUUCGGGCCGGUGCGGCGCGGGAUCGUCGACGAGCGGACGGGCGCGGUGGGCGUGCGCGGCUGCCGCUCCGUCACGUUUGUCGAUCUCAGUCCGCAGAUGGUGGACAUGGCGCGGCGCAAGUUCGAGGAAAUCUACCCUGGGGAUGAGGCCCUCCGCAAAAGGGUGGAGUUUCGGGUGGAGGAUGCGGCGGCCGUCGGGGGCGGCCCCAGUCGGGAGAUUACCGGGGCGGCCGUCGCGGGCCAACCCAAACCAUACUUCGAUACGGUGGUGCAGACGAUGGGGUUGUGCUCGUUGCCGGACCCCGUGGGCACGUUGAAGCAUCUGGGGACGCUAGUGGAUCCGCAGAAGGGCGAGAUUCUGUUGUUGGAGCAUGGUCGCUCGCAUUAUGCGUGGUUGAAUCGCGUGCUCGAUAAUCUGGCCCCCGCCCAUGCGGAUCGGCAUGGGUGUUGGUGGAAUCGCGAUAUCGGCCAGAUCGUGAGGGAGAGUGGCUUGGAGGUCGUCGAGGAGAAACGCUGGCAUUUUGGUACGACGUGGAAAUAUGUUCUGAGGCCGGCAAGAAAAGCAGCCGAGUAAAAGUGUGCCUCGAUGAUCUUGUGCUGCUGUUUUGGGAGUGGCACGCUUACGGUGUAGAUGGUUAUGGUUGUAGAUUUGCAUGUACUAUAUGUAUCUAUAGUGGUUCUUCUGAGCGGAGUUGUGUUGUUCUAAUAGAUAGACUUAGAGAUCCUAUGUUAGAGUAGAUUCUCCUGAGUAAUGUAGACG